AUGACCUAUGUUUUCAGAAUAAGGAGAGCAAUCUCCAAAAGUAAAUUGAUAAUUUCCAUAACAAUACUGAUAUUACUGUGCCUCAUAUUUUCUACGAGUGAUAAAUUGACAUCACCUCCCUCGACGCCAUCUUCUACCACUACAAAUGAUAUUUCUGACCCAGAUGCAGGUAUUGAUAAGACUUACAGGGAUGCUCAUCCGUUAUCUGUAUUCGCAACCAUUCAUAAACGUCGUCACAAUUUGAUUAAAGGACAAUCUUUAUUAGAUAAAUUCUUACUAUCAAAAAUGAAAUUUAAUUCAUUCGAAGAACAAACUUUAUUGCAUUGGUUCAAUAAGGAUACUCAAUCAACCAGAAUUAACCAAUGUAAAUAUCUCAUUGCAACACAGUAUAACGUGGAACCAAAUUGGAAUAACGAUAAAAGUUGUAAAUUUUAUUCCAUUGAGGAAAUAGAUGAUAUGUUCGUCUCUACAUUAGCUGAAAGAUUAAGAAUCUUCGACUAUUGUUUUAUCUCUGGGAAACUAAAAAUGAGCCAAGUGUUUACUGGUGAUUUACCAUUGAAAGAUACUUCUAUUAAAGUUGAUUCUUUCGAUUAUCAAAAAAGAUUAUUCCCAUAUCUUUAUAACAACCUAACUGAUUAUUUAAAUCAAGAUAUCAUGUGGCCGACCAUAAUUGAUCUAUCGUCUUCUGAAUCUCCAUCUCCUAUCGACCAAGCAUCAACAAUUGACGAUUUUUUAAAAGAAGAAGGGAUUGAUAAACAUACUUUUAACUCAGAAUUUUGGUAUUAUUACACACAAAAAAUGUCAAUGGGGAAAGGGAUAGUGGUUACAAUGAGCGAAGGGGAUUCUUAUAUGUUUAAAAAACAAUUAAAAGUUCUAGACCAUUUAAAUAAUGAACUCCCGAUCCAGAUUAUUACCAAAGGUAAUGAAUUUAGCACUGAGUUCAUAAAUGAUUUAUCUAACUUCGUUCAGAAAGAAACAAAACAGAAAGUUGCAAUACUAAACAUAUCAUCAAUGUUAGAUCCGGCCUUCGCUGAUAAAUAUAUUGUUAACUUCUAUAACAAAUGGUUGGCUGUUAUUUUCAACACAUUUCAAGAGAUUAUAAUAUUAGAUGCGGAUGUCGUACCAUUUGUUCCAAUUAAUGACUUCUUUGAAGAAAAAAAAUUCAAAAACUCCGGUAUGUUGUUAUAUAAAGAUCGAUUAAUGGUUAACGAACAUACAUUUUCAUACUGUAUUGAUUCAAUGAAGUUUCUUGAACCAUCAUCUUUAGAACUGAAAUAUUUAAAUACAAAAUUAUUGGUCGAUUCAAAUACCGAGAUUGCUAUACCACCUUCGUCAGAGGAACUCUCCGUAUAUUAUAACUUCUUCAAAAACUUGAGAUUGCAUCAUAUUGAUAGUGGUCUUGUAGUGAUUAAUAAACAGGAAAAAUUAAAUGGUCUACUAUUAUCAUUUGCCUUACAUUUGGACGGGAAAUUAAGAAGGUGCGUUUAUGGUGAUAAAGAAUUUUUCUGGCUAGGUCAAUUGUUUAUUGGACAAGAUUAUUCUAUCUAUUCAAUGGAUGGUGGUGUAUCAGGUCCGUUAGGAGAGACUAACCCAGAUGGGAAAAAUAGCGUUGCAAAUGAACAUUAUAUUUGUUCCGCUCAAAUUUCUCAUGUUGAUACUUUAGGUAAUUUACUAUGGCAAAAUGGUGGAUCCAAUUUUUGUAAAAUUCCAAAUGCUGCAGAUACUGAUUUCCAAAGAAAUCCAGAUUAUUUUAAAGAAAGAUAUCGUGAAGUUUCGAAUUUGAGAAAUCUGUAUGCCUCUCCUGUGAGGUUCGAUGGAGUUAUUAUCCCUGAUGGAUCGAGUAAUCCAUGGGUUCAAUUAGAAGAAUGCUCACAUUUUAUGUAUUGCGGUUACUAUUCAGACGAUAACCAUCAAGAUAUGAAACUUGAUUCAGGGUUUAUGAAAAAAUUUAGUAAAGAAAAACUUCCUUAG